AUGGUUUCAAGUGAAGAAGAAGCAGAUGUAAAACCAGGUGAAACAGUUGAAUGGGACGUUGACAUGGAAAUACAGUUAUUCUAUGCGAUGGCAAACCAUAAGCCGGUUGGAAUAAGCAAACAUUUCCAAAUGGCUUGUAUAUGGGAAAAGUUGUCAAACUCAAUAACUAAAGAGAUAUCUACGCAUGAUAUUUGGCGGCAUUUGGACACACUCUAUGAUAUGACUAUGUUAGAUGAUACAGAACCAAUACCUUUUCCAAAUCAGGAGACACCUUUUAGUUUGCCGGAAAGCGAGUUUGGUACAUUAAUGAAACAAAAAUGCAAAGAGACUAUUGUAGCUGAUGAUAGUGAAGAUGGUAGGAGUCCUUCACCCAAAACAUCUACACCUCGAAGCAACUCUAGAGGCACAGCAUCAAAGGAUAGUACACCAAAAGGUCGUAAAGAUAGCAUAGGUGCCCUUGCAACAAAGACUAGGAAAGAAAGUGGAAGUUCUCAUGCCUCAACUGACACACCAAGUAUUAAAUCAGAAAAAGAAUAUGGCAAGAGGAGAGAUUCACGGGAUUCUAAUGCUUCUGGUCCAAGAGACAAUUCAUCAAGCAGAAAAUCUAUAUCACAGAGAGAUAAACCAGCAAAAUCUAAAAUUACUUCUGUUGCAGCAUGGGAUUCCCCAUUAAUAGACGAAGAUGGUGGAUCACGACGUGGGCGUCGACGCGCCAACACCUCAACCCCACCUGCAACUACCCCAGCAAAGCGUAGACGAAUG